UCUCUCUCUCUCUCUCUCUCUCUCUCUCUCUCUCUCUCUCUCUCUCUCUACCUGUCCCUCAUCCUCUCACUCUCUCAGGGUCGCUGUUCCAGGGAGAACUGUAAGUACCUACACCCUCCUCCCCACCUGAAGACCCAGCUGGAGAUCAACGGCAGGAACAACCUGAUCCAACAGAAGAACAUGGCCAUGCUGGCACAGCAGAUGCAGCUUGCCAACGCCAUGAUGCCCGGCACACAGCUACAGACUACAUGUAUGCCGGUCCCCAUGUUCUCUGUGACGCCCAGCCUUGCCUCUAAUGCCAGUGCUGCUGCUGCCGCUGCGUUUAACCCCUACCUGGGCCCGGUGUCGCCCGGCCUGAUGCCCACUGAGAUCAUGUCCAGCGCCCCGGUCUUGGUGACCAGUAACCCCAACGUCUCCAUGCCCUCUGCCGCCGCUGCCGCCGCUGCACAGAAACUCAUGAGGACAGACAGACUGGAGGUGUGUCGGGAGUACCAGAGAGGUAACUGUACGCGGGGGGAGAAUGACUGUCGCUUCGCCCACCCCUCAGACAGCACCAUGAUAGACACCAACGACAACACAGUGACGGUGUGUAUGGACUACAUAAAGGGCCGCUGCUCCAGGGAGAAGUGUAAAUACUUCCACCCUCCAGCCCACCUGCAGGCCAAGAUAAAGGCUGGCCAACACCAGGUCAACCAGGCUGCUGCCGCGGCAGCCAUGGGGCUCCCACCUGUUUUACCUCCAUUACCAAAGAGACCCACAGUUGAAAAAUCCACCGGUGCCACUGCCAUGUUCAACGUCGCUGCCAUGUUCCAGUACCAACAGGCCCUGGCCAACAUGCCGUUUCAGCAGCAGUUCAUCCCGUCAGGCUCGAUAUUGUGCAUGACACCUGCAACAAGUGUUGUACCCAUGAUGCACGGUGCUACGCCCGCCACUGUGUCUGCAGCCACCUCCUCUGCCACAAGUGGUCCCUUUGCAACCACAACAGCCAAUCAGAUGAAACUGGAGUGUGCUGGUGUUCCAUCCGUCCCAGACAACAGUUCACCCUUCAUGCCUGUAAGCAUAGAAAUAUAAUCUUUAGAAUGGAUGCUAUUUCUAUGCCUGUAAGCAUAAACAUAGCAUCUUCAGAAUAGAUUAUAUUUCUAUGCCUGUAACAUCCAGAACACCAGGAGACUCCAACCACCUGUAAGCUGUAGCGGUUCUGACAUGCAUGCUACUCGAAGAGGUCCAGUUUGUCAUAAGGUGGUGAACAUGUGUAUUCUACACACACCAUACAGACAACAGCACCUCCUACAGAGAGAGGAACUAUGCCAUCUACAGAACAUUACAGCCAGCCUUUAUAUCUGUGGAGGCAUCAUCCAUUAAAACACCGGACACACUUUGAAUGUCAACAUGAGGAGAUAGUCACGCCCACUAGUUUGUUAUGUCAGCAGACCAAGACUCUCUUUUAUGUUAUUUUCAGUUUGUUUUUCUUUAAUUUAUAUUAUUUUUCAUGGUUUACACAAAACAAAGGUGCACCUUGUAUUUUAAACAAGAGGAGGGAAAUGAUGAGGAAUAGUAGCUAAUUGCCAUAUUAGACUGAAUGAAUUGUGCAUGGCUUGUUUGUUGAUGACAUGGUUCUUUACAAGAUCAACUUGGUUGAAAUGGGUUAGUGGGCUUGGUGCCAUAAUGACAGCUGAAUGUUGUGGGUUUAGUACACCUUUGUGUUUUAAAACCCAUCCCAGCUUUACUAGAUAUGUUGCAAGCUCCACUUAAAGUGCCAUACACUAUGUAUGUAUAUUCCCAAAACCUUGAGUGUUAUGAGGUCAUUAUAGCCAUGUUACAGUGUUAACCUUGGGAACGCCUUCAACGUCUCCAAUGUCUCUAGUGUCCUUGUUCAUUGAAUGUUUGUCUACAGUUUGAUGUCAUUAACAGAUGAACCAGUCAUGGUCUUUGCCUCUUGGGUACGUAGUUACCGACCAUAUGUUGUUUGAUUUACCUCUGGUCUUCUGUUGGUUUUCUUUUGAUUUGCCUUGAGCUUAAAUACAUGGUGUGAGGCAGACAGAGAAGGGGUCUUGGUUCUGUUAGGACCCGUUCUUCUCUGGGUAUAAAGUCUAUAAACUCUAGUUGGUUCUGUUAGGACCUGGUCCUCUCUGGGUAUAAAGUCUAUAGACUCUAGUUGAUUCUGUUAGGACCUGGUCCUCUCUGGGUAUAAAGUCUAUACUCUAGUUGGUUCUGUUAGGACCCAGUCCUCUCUGUCUCUGGGUAUAAAGUCUAUACUCUAGUUGGUUCUGUUAGGACCUGGUCCUCUCUGUCUCUGGGUAUAAAGUCUAUAGACUCUAGUUGGUUCUGUUAGGACCUGGUCCUCUCUGGGUAUAAAGUCUAUACUCUAGUUGGUUCUGUUAUGACCUGGUCCUCUCUGUCUCUGGGUAUAAAGUCUAUAGACUCUAGUUGGUUCUGUUAGGACCUGGUCCUCUCUGGGUAUAAAGUCUAGACUCUAGUUGGUUCUGUUAGGACCUGGUCCUCUCUGGGUAUAAAGUCUAUACUCUAGUUGGUUCUGUUAGGACCCAGUCCUCUCUGUCUCUGAGUAUAAAGUCUAUAAUCUAGUUGGUUCUGUUAGGACCUGGUUUUCUCUGGGUAUAAAGUCUAUAGAUUCUAGUUGGUUCUGUUAGGACCUGGUCCUCUCUGGGUAUUAAGUCUAUAGACUCUAGUUGGUUCUGUUAUGACCUGGUCCUCUCUGUCUCUGGGUAGACAGUCUAUACUCUAGUUGGUUCUGUUAGGACCUGGUCCUCUCUGGGUAUAAAGUCUAUACUCUAGUUGGUUCUGUUAUGACCUGGUCCUCUCUGUCUCUGGGUAUAAAGUCUAUAGACUCUAGUUGGUUCUGUUAGGACCUGGUCCUCUCUGGGUAUAAAGUCUAUACUCUAGUUUGUUCUGUUAGGACCCAGUCCUCUCUGUCUCUGAGUAUAAAGUCUAUAAUCUAGUUGGUUCUGUUAGGACCUGGUUUUCUCUGGGUAUAAAGUCUAUAGAUUCUAGUUGGUUCUGUUAGGACCCAGUCCUCUCUGUCUCUGAGUAUAAAGUCUAUAGACUCUAGUUGGUUCUGUUAGGACCUGGUCCUCUCUGGGUAUAAAGUCUAUACUCUAGUUGGUUCUGUUAGGACCCAGUCCUCUCUGUCUCUGGGUAUAAAGUCUAUACUCUAGUUGGUUCUGUUAGGACCUGGUCCUCUCUGUCUCUGGGUAUGAAGUCUAAAGACUCUAGUUGGUUCUGUUAGGAACUGGUCCUCUCUGGGUAUAAAGUCUAGACUCUAGUUGGUUCUGUUAGGACCUGGUCCUCUCUGGGUAUAAAGUCUAUAGACUCUAGUUGAUUCUGUUAGGACCUGGUCCUCUCUGGGUAUAAAGUCUAUACUCUAGUUGGUUCUGUUAGGACCCAGUCCUCUCUGUCUCUGGGUAUAAAGUCUAUACUCUAGUUGGUUCUGUUAGGACCUGGUCCUCUCUGGGUAUAAAGUCUAGACUCUAGUUGGUUCUGUUAGGACCUGGUCCUCUCUGGGUAUAAAGUCUAUACUCUAGUUGGUUCUGUUAGGACCCAGUCCUCUCUGUCUCUGGGUAUAAAUUCUAUAGACUCCAGUUGGUUCUGUUAGGACCUGGUCCUCUCUGGGUAUAAAUAUACUCUAGUUGGUUCUGUUCGGACCCAGUCCUCUCUGUCUCUGGGUAUAAAGUCUUUACUCUAGUUGAUUCUGUUAGGACCUGGUCCUUUCUGUCUCUGGGUAUAAAGUCUAUACUCUAGUUGGUUAUGUUAGGACCUGGUUUUCUCUGGGUAUAAAGUCUAUAGAUUCUAGUUGGUUCUGUUAGGACCUGGUCCUCUCUGGGUAUUAAGUCUAUAGACUCUAGUUGGUUCUGUUAUGACCUGGUCCUCUCUGUCUCUGGGUAGACAGUCUAUACUCUAGUUGGUUCUGUUAGGACCUGGUCCUCUCUGGGUAUAAAGUCUAUACUCUAGUUGGUUCUGUUAUGACCUGGUCCUCUCUGUCUCUGGGUAUAAAGUCUAUAGACUCUAGUUGGUUCUGUUAGGACCUGGUCCUCUCUGGGUAUAAAGUCUAUACUCUAGUUUGUUCUGUUAGGACCCAGUCCUCUCUGUCUCUGAGUAUAAAGUCUAUAAUCUAGUUGGUUCUGUUAGGACCUGGUUUUCUCUGGGUAUAAAGUCUAUAGAUUCUAGUUGGUUCUGUUAGGACCCAGUCCUCUCUGUCUCUGAGUAUAAAGUCUAUAGACUCUAGUUGGUUCUGUUAGGACCUGGUCCUCUCUGGGUAUAAAGUCUAUACUCUAGUUGGUUCUGUUAGGACCCAGUCCUCUCUGUCUCUGGGUAUAAAGUCUAUACUCUAGUUGGUUCUGUUAGGACCUGGUCCUCUCUGUCUCUGGGUAUGAAGUCUAAAGACUCUAGUUGGUUCUGUUAGGAACUGGUCCUCUCUGGGUAUAAAGUCUAGACUCUAGUUGGUUCUGUUAGGACCUGGUCCUCUCUGGGUAUAAAGUCUAUAGACUCUAGUUGAUUCUGUUAGGACCUGGUCCUCUCUGGGUAUAAAGUCUAUACUCUAGUUGGUUCUGUUAGGACCCAGUCCUCUCUGUCUCUGGGUAUAAAGUCUAUACUCUAGUUGGUUCUGUUAGGACCUGGUCCUCUCUGGGUAUAAAGUCUAGACUCUAGUUGGUUCUGUUAGGACCUGGUCCUCUCUGGGUAUAAAGUCUAUACUCUAGUUGGUUCUGUUAGGACCCAGUACUCUCUGUCUCUGGGUAUAAAGUCUAUACUCUAGUUGGUUCUGUUAGGACCCAGUCCUCUCUGUCUCUGGGUAUAACAUCUAUACUCUAGUUGGUUCUGUUAGGACCUGGUCCUCUCUGGGUAUAAAGUCUAUACUCUAGUUGGUUCUGUUAGGACCUGUUCCUCUCUGUCUCUGAGUAUAAAUUCUAUAGACUCUAGUUGGUUCUGUUAGGACCUGGUCCUCUCUGUCUCUAUGUAUAAAGUCUAGACUCUAGUUGGUUCCGUUAGGACCCAGUCCUCUCUGUCUCUGGGUAUAAAGUCUAUACUCUUGUUGGUUCUGUUAGGACCUGGUCCUCUCUGGGUAUAAGGUCUUUAGACUCUAGUUGGUUCUGUUAGGACCUGGUCCUCUCUGUCUCUGAGUAUAAAGUCUAUAGACUCUAGUUGGUUCUGUUAGGACCUUGUCCUCUCUGGGUAUAAAGUCUAUACUCUAGUUGGUUCUGUUAGGACCCAGUCCUCUCUGUCUCUGAGUAUAAAGUCUGUAGACUCUAGUUGGUUCUGUUAGGACCUGGUCCUCUCUGGGUAUAAAGUCUAUAGACUCUAGUUGGUUCUAUUUGGACCUGGUCUUCUCUGGGUAUAAAGUCUAUAGACUCUAGUUGGUUCUGUUAGGACCUGGUCCUCUCUGUCUCUGAGUAUAAAGUCUAUAGACUCUAGUUGGUUCUGUUAGGACCUGGUCCUCUCUGUCUCUGAGUAUAAAGUCUAUAGACUGUAAAGGCGUAAUUCAGGGGGCUUUGGCCCUGGACCCAACAUUAUGCCAAAGUCUCACUUGUGACGAAGAAGGUGUGGAGACUGUAAACAAGUAAGGAUAGAAUGAAGCACUACUGAAAGUUGCAAGAUAAACCAAACCGCUGAGUGGUGUUAGGAGAAUUUUCAAAGUUACAUGGUGGCUUAUGGUUGAGUUGCUCUGAGUUUUAAUAUGGUGUGGUUUUCAUUUUAUUAUAAUUCAUUUAAUGAUUUUUAUUUUAUUUUAUGUUUUAUUAAGUGCAGUUUAUAUGGUCUACGAUAUGUAAGAGAACUUGUGAAAACACAUUAUGUCUAAUUAAAUGUGUGAUAGUAGGGAUACUUUUGGAUAGAUACAGUCAACAAACAAAAAUCCUCUGUGUUCUUUGUUGACCUACGUGGGUGCACUAGUCGAGCUCUGUUCAGCAAAUGUGUGGGGCCAAAAUCACAGAUGAAGUUGUGUAUGGACAGGGGGGGGGGGGGUACAUUUGUGUAUGGACAGGGGGGGGGGUGUAGAUAGUUUUUUGUUUUAAACCCUCCGUGCUUCUGCAUGAUUUGUAUGAAAAGACAUGGUAUGGAAGAGUUGGUAAAGCUUGACCUGAUUGUAUUACUCAUCCAAAGCCUUAGAAAACACCACGAGGUCGGCACAAUGCAACAAGCCAUUUCAAAACGUCCUCUUGCCUAACCCUUGUUGUUUUGUCGCCACACAAAGCUUUCGUGGUGUAUAUAUAUGAUUAUUGUCUUUCACUCUAAACAUUUAUUUCCUGAUGAGUUCCGUUUUUCAAGAAGAUGAAUGUCUUAUUUAAUUUUGUUUAAUGCACGGAUUACAUUUUUGAUAUUUAGUUAAAGGGAGUUUUGUCUUACUAAAAUUUUACCAGAAACUUUUGUAGGAUUCUGAAUAUUAGGUAUUUUGUGUGUUUUUUUGUGUUCUUCAUACCAUAUUUUAGUUUUUCUGAAAUUUCAUGUAACGUUGAUUUGAAUAUUUACUGUAGUGUUAUGAUUGUAAACUAAAUGAUUUUUAUUUUCUGUGAACUGUAAGAAUUGUUUUCAUUUCUUGUCUGUUUGAGUUCCUUGAACAAAGAUCUUUUAUGUGGGUAUCUGACUUUGAGGGAAUACUAGGAGAGUGAGGCUUGCUGUGACAACGCUCACUGACAACGGAGUAUUACUUUAAUGAUCGUCUGGUUUGUAACUAGUCACUCUUAUAAGGAAAAAAAUAUUAUUAAAAAAUCUCGUUCUUAGAUGUGUAGGUUUAAAAAAAUAAAAUAAAAAAAAA